CCUCUCCUCUCUAUCUCUACUUCCAAAUUAAGCUCCUCUUAGUUCUUCCUCCAUCCAUUAAUUGGAUUGGAGAUUGGUCUCUUAAUGUGGUCGUCGUGGGACGAUAUACUCCCAUGCCCUACCCGGCCGGUGACGGUCGACCGGCGGUGGAAGCCCAACGUUGAGGUUGCGCCGAAUUGCCCCCGGUGCGACUCCUCCAACACCAAGUUUUGCUACUACAACAACUAUAGCCUUAGCCAGCCCCGGUACUUCUGCAAGGGCUGCCGGCGGUAUUGGACUAAGGGUGGCUCCCUUCGCAAUGUUCCGGCGGGCGGUGGGUGCCGCAAGAAUCGCAGGGGGAAGUCGGUCAGGCUGUCGACGGUCGCCGCUUCAGACUUGAGCUAUGGCCGCCGGCUGUCGGGCCAGAUUCGCCCGGACCUUGCGUUGGAUGGCAUGGUGGGGAAUUCAAGCAGCUCGCUCCAAUCAAUGGAUGCAUCGACCGCUACUGAUGGCUCUACAAUUGAUCUUGCCUCGCUGUACGCCAAGUUCUUGAACCAGCAUCCUGAGGUGGAACCUGGCCUUGCCGUGCCUGAAUUGCCCCGGGGGAUCGAUGAGCCUUUCGACUCGAGUGGAGGGCAGAGUGACACCAAUUGGAAUCAGCAAACGCCUGUCCAAUUACCUCAUCAGCAUAGACUUAUGGGAUGCCAAAGUGCAAGUGAGCCAGUUGCUGAAGCACCAUUGGCUCAUGGAAACCAGCAAUCCAUUGGAGAGCACAACUUGCCUGUGGAUCCAAGUGGAUGCGAGUCGCCGGCGUUCCCGACCGAAGGCGUCAGCAGCUUCUUCUCAUCAAGUUGUCCGAUCAUUCCAAAUUUAACAUGCGAAGCGGCUAAUUAUCAAGGGUUUGGGUCGUUGCAGCUGGAAGACAGUAUGAGUCUUCAUCAAAACCUUGUCGUUAAUGAUUGGAGCACAAUGGAUUACUCAAGUUUGGAAGCUUUCUAUUGGUCUUAAGGGAGUGAUAUAUCCUUCUUGUUAAUUGUUCUUUCAUUUGGUGUUGCAUAUCUAUGAAUGAGAGAGCUAGAGUAAGAAGGAGAAUGAACAAAAGAGUUGCAUAAAACGAACUAUGGUGUGGGGAGAUGUAUACUGAUCGUGUCUUAAAACAAUAGAAUAAAAUGCCACAUUUUCUUGGCAAGUUGCUGCCUUGGUGUAAGAUCUUCU